AUGACCACUCUUCGGGUGCUGCUACACAUAGCCGCUCAGCGCGACUACGAGCUUCACUCUCUCGACUUCAGCACUGCGUUCCUGCAGGGUAGCCUGCACGAGGAGAUCUGGCUGCGCCGUCCACCUGGCUUCACUGGGACUUUCCCUCCUGGCACCCAGUGGAGCCUCCGACGGCCAGUCUACGGUCUCCGCAAGGCACCGCGUGAGUGGCACGACACACUGAGGACUACGCUUGCGGCUCUUGGGUUUGCUCCUUCUACUGCUGACCCGUCGCUGUUUCUGCGCACCGACACUUCACUGCCGCCGUUCUACAUCCUCGUGUACGUUGACGACUUGGUCUUUGCCACAGCGGACACUGCUGGACUCGCCUACGUGAAGUCCGAGCUGCUGAAGAGACACACGUGCACAGACCUGGGUGAACUGCGCAGCUACCUUGGCUUGCAGAUCACUCGGGACAGAGCACGCCGCACCAUUACCUUGACUCAGUCACACAUGGUGCAGCAGGUCCUUCAGCGCUUCGGCUUCACGUACUCCUCGCCUCAGGCCACUCCUCUGUCUACUCGCCACUCGCUCUCAGCUCUGCCUUCGGAUGAGUCCGUAGAGUCGAGUGGCCCGUACCCAGAGCUUGUUGGCUGCCUCAUGUACCUGAUGACCUGCACACGACCUGACCUUGCAUACCCUCUGAGCAUUCUUGCACGCUAUGUUGCUCCUGGGAGACACCAACCAGAGCACAUGGCUGCAGCGAAGAGGGUGUUGCGCUACCUGUGCAGUACCUCGGGCAUGGGGCUAGUGCUUGGAGGGCGGAGUCCAGUGGUCCUUACAGGUCACGCGGACGCUUCUUGGGUUGACGACCAGGCUACGCAGCGGUCGUCACAGGGUUACACCUUCAGUCUUGGUUCCGGCUCUGUCUCGUGGCGGGCUACUCGCUCGUCUUCGGUUCUCAGCUCCAGUUGUGAGGCUGAGAUCUACGCUGGGGCCAUGGCUGCACAGGAGCUUCGCUGGCUCACCUACCUGCUGUCUGACCUUGGAGAGCCGCCUCGUUCUCCUCCAGUGCUGUACGUAGACAACAAGGCCAUGCUGGCCUUGUGUCGAGAGCAGCGUCUGGAGCACAGAACGAAGCAUAUUGCUCUUCGCUACUUCCUUGCUCGUGAGCUGCAGCAGCGUGGACAGUUGCGGCUUGCGUACGUGGCCUCUGAGGCCAGCACUGCUGAUGUGUUCACCAAGGCACUCGCGCCUUGUGACCAUCAGCGCUUUUGCACCCAGCUGGGUCUUGUGCCUGUCUUGCCUUACUUGCUCUCCUCUUACUUGUACCUUUGCUUUGUCUUGCUUGACUGGUCUUGUGACCCCUUGUUCUCCCCCACUUUGCCUAUGGGGGUGUGUUAG